UGCGCCAACACGCUUGUACACCGGUACACGGAUAUAUGCGUGUUUAUAUAUAUUGUGUAUAUACACCUCGUGAUGCCUGAGUUUGGUGUUAUGGUUCCAUUCUAGUCUGGAGUUUUUCAAGCUGAGAAGAAAACCCAGGACGGGAAGAAGAAGAAGAAAAAAACAGGGAAAUAAUGGCGAUUACUUCCAUCUAAUUCUGGAUUCUCGCCUUUUUCUGUUCUGGGUUCUCUGAUUUGUGAAACUUCAUUGAAGCCCUCUGAUACUUGCAUCAAGAUUUUGGACAAAAGUUCAAAUUUAUUGAAAGGUUUCACUUUGAGGCAAAAUCUACAAAAAUCAUGUCAUUUCUGUCAAAGUUAAGGUGCGUCACUGUGGAUGUUACCGGUACUCUCAUAGCAUACAAAGGGGAGCUCGGUGAUUACUACUGCAUGGCUGCCAAAGCAGUUGGUUUGCCUUGCCCUGACUAUAAACGAGUCCAUGAAAGCUUUAAAUUUGCUUACACAGAGAUGGCCCAGAAAUAUCCUUGUUUCGGAUUUGCAGCCAAAAUGCCCAACAUUGUGUGGUGGAAGACUUGUGUCAGAAAUUCGUUCGUGAAGGCAGGAUAUGACUAUGAUGAGGAAACCUUUGAGAAGAUAUUCAGGCGCAUAUACGCAUCUUUUGGGUCAGCUGCACCUUACACUGUGUUUGAGGACUCUCAACCAUUUCUGAGAUGGGCACGUGAGAAGGGGCUUAAAGUAGGGCUUGUUAGCAAUGCAGAGUACCGGUAUCGUGAUGUUAUUCUGCCUGCCUUGGGUUUGAACCAGGGAACUGAGUGGGACUUUGGUGUAUUCUCUGGUAUGGAAGGCAUAGAGAAACCAGACCCGAAAAUUUAUGAGAUAGCACUCGAGAGGGCGGGGAAUCUUGCAGCGGGGGAGGUUCUGCACAUUGGAGACAGCAUGCGGAAGGACUAUGUCCCCGCAAAGAGCAUAGGCAUGCAUGCUUUGCUUCUGGAUAGGUUUAAGACUGCUGAGGCCGAGAAUUGGAGGAAAGCCGGCACCACGGUACUUCCAGACUUGGUUCAUGUUCAACAGCUGCUCCUGUCUGAUAAGUUUACUGUUUAACUGCUGAGACCUUUUCUUCUGUGAGCUCUUGUUCUUGAUGAAUCAAGGUUUUUCAUGGAUUUUUUUUCUUUUCUGUUCUUGGUAAAAGUAACAGUAGUGGGUAUUUUCCGGUUGCUUGGGGAAGAUUUUUUUUUUUUGGGCUCAGAAAGGUCACAGGCUUGAGGCUACUACUGCUGUUACCUUGGAAGAGUAAAAUCACUGUAUUUUCAUUUAAGUCACAGCUGAAAUAGAAGAAAUGAAAAUACUUUUUCUACAAAA